AUUACCCCCUCCAUCUCGCGCGUGCAUAAAAAGCCGCGUGCGUACACGCCAUGAGCACACACACCACACACGUACGCCCACACCAGAGAAUACACAGCACAGCACCGACAACACCUCUCAAGUAACCCAGCAGGCACCAUGGCCGCCGCCGUGCCCCUCGUCCUCCUGCUACUGCCAACGACCCUGAUGGCCGCGUCGGCGGCGUCCGGCGGCGAGAAGAGCACGCACAUCAAGCUGUACUGGCACGACGUGGUGAGCGGGCCGAGCCCGACGGCGGUGCCGGUGGCGCAGGCGGCGGUGACCAACACCUCCAAGACCGCCUUCGGCAUGGUGGUGGUGAUCGACGACCCGCUGACCGAGGGCCCCGACCUCAAGUCCUCCAAGCCGCUCGGCCGCGCGCAGGGCACCUACGUCGGCGCCGGCAAGGACGAGCUCUCCCUGAUGAUGAACAUGAACUUCGUGUUCCAGGCCGGCGAGUACAACGGCAGCACCGUCGCCAUCAUGGGCCGGAACGCCGUGUUCGACGCCGUCCGCGAGAUGGCCGUCGUGGGCGGCACCGGCGCGUUCAGGAUGGCGCGCGGGUACGCGCAGGCCCGCACGCACACCUUCGACCUCAACACCGGCGACGCCACCGUCGAGUACAACCUCUACAUCAAGCACUAGCUAGCUAGCCCAUCGGCUUUGUGUUUCUGAUUGUUGGUGCUCAUAUAUGAACACGAUCGAACUCCAUAAUUGUCUUGUGAGCUUAAUUUGUGCCACUAGCUUUUGCAGUUUUGGUGAAAAAGAAGGGGGUAAUUAAAGGACGAUAGCUUCGGUCGUUGUAAUGUAAGCUGACUUCGAUUUAACUUGCACAAUAAUUGAGGACUUAAAGAAUAACUAGGUGUGUGUCUGUGCGUUGCCACAUGAGUUAAAAAUUAGUGUAUAUAUAUAUAUAUAUGGAGAAACAGAUUGUAAAGUUUA